AUGCGUUUGCUCCCAUGCGUUUGCUUCAGGUUUGCCCGCGGCACCCUGUCCCGCGACACCAUCGCAUUCCAAACGAACAGACGAGGAGGCCGUUGCAGCAGGCGUGCCGAGCCCACAGCGGAGGAACGCAAGGCUGCGCAGGAGCUGCUGAAGGAUUCGCCCGUGGGGCAGAUGGCUGGAUCCAUGGGCCAAGACGGCGCGCAGCGACACUCAGAAUGGGACGUCACAUUGUUCGUUGACGAUCGAGUGAUGAUUGGUUAUGAUCGUGUACAGAUGCUGAUUGCUGUAUGA